AUGACGGAUAGUGCUAAUCUGAUGAAGCUUGUGAAUAUGAUAAAGCCGAUAGAAAUCUACAAUCUUGCUGCACAAAGUCACGUUCAGAUAUCGUUCGACAUCCCAGAAUACACUGCGGAGGUGGAUGCCGUCGGGACUCUUCGUUUGCUUUGCGCCGUUAAGGCAUGCAACCUGGAAAACAGAAUACGAGUAUAUCAGGCUUCUUCGUCAGAAUUGUUUGGCAAGGUUCAAGAAAUACCUCAGCGUGAAACGACGCCAUUUUACCCGCGAUCUCCUUACGCCGUAGCCAAACAGUAUGCAUACUGGAUCGUGGUGAAUUAUCGUGAGUCAUACAAUAUGUACGCCUGUAAUGGCAUUUUGUUCAACCACGAGAGUCCGCGAAGAGGCGAGAAUUUUGUCACGCGGAAAAUCACGAGAGCGGUGGCCAAAAUACACUUGGGAUAUCAGGAACACGUCGAACUUGGAAAUCUAAAUGCCAAGCGAGAUUGGGGCUACGCGAAAGACUACGUUGAGGCCAUGUGGUUAAUGUUGCAACAACCUGAGCCGGAUGAUUACGUCAUUGCCACGGGCGAAAUGCACAGCGUCAGGGAAUUCGUUGAACUCGCCUUCAAGAUCGUUGGCGUUACGAUUGUCUGGGAAGGAACCGGGGUCGACGAGGUUGGACGUGAUAAAGCGACUGGUACAGUUCGAGUCCGUGUGAACCCUCGGUAUUAUCGGCCAGCUGAAGUGGUAAGACUUUGCGGAUUUUUCACGCCCUAA